AUGGAACCUGGAAACCAAACAGGUGCAUAUUACUUUUUUCUGAUUGAGCUAACCAAUGAUCCCACAAUGGAGCCCCUCAUCUUUGGCCUCUUUCUGUUUAUAUAUCUGGUCACAAUUCUGGGAAAUUUGCUCAUCAUCAUUGCUGUCAGCUCAGACUCCCAUCUACAAACACCAAUGUAUCUUUUUCUCUCCAAACUUUCAUUUGCUGACAUCUGCCUAAGCACAAGCACCAUUCCUAAUCUGCUGAAAAAUAUCCACACAGAAGAUCAUAGCAUCAGUUACACAGGCUGCCUCACUCAGGCCUGCUUUGUUCUGAAUUUUGCUUUAGUAGAAAGCUGUAUCCUUGCUGCAAUGGCUUAUGACCGCUAUGCAGCUAUUUGUCAUCCACUGAAUUACACAGUAAUUAUGAAUCCACAAUUCUGUGACCUGCUAAUUCUCUUGUCCCUGAUCAUUAGCAUUGUGAACAGCUUAUUACAGUGUCUGAUGGUACUGCGUCUCUCAUUUUGCACAAAUAAUGAACUUCCUCUAUUCUUCUGUGAGCUUGCUCAAGUCAUCAAGCUUGCCUGUUCUGAUACGGUCAUCAAUUAUAUCCUCAUAUAUCUUGCAACAUUUAUAUUUGGUGGAAUUCCUAUCUUUGGAAUCAUUUUCUCUUAUACUCAAAUUGUCUCUUCUAUUUUGAAAAUAUCUUCUCUUAGAGGAAAGUACAAAGCCUUUUCUACUUGUGGGUCUCACAUUUCAGUUGUCUCUUUAUUUUAUGGUGCAGGAGUCGGAGUUUAUAUUAGCUCUUCAAUUACUGUUUCCCCUUGGACAACUACUGUGUCAUAUAUGAUGUACACGGUGCUUCCUCAAAUGGUGAACCCUUUUAUCUAUAGCUUAAGGAAUAAAGAAAUGAAACAGGCCUUACGAAAACUCAUUGCUAAGGUAUAA